UCUCCAUACGCCAUGAACGCCAUCAGUGGAGGUGAUUCAUUCCACAGCCCUUCCCAGAUGUCUCUUAUACACGUCAUAUUUCCUGGUUUCAGCAUGGUCUCAACCUCCGCACACCAGCUGCUUGCCGGUAACCUGGACAGCUACACCCAAAUAUUUUGUACUUUCGGGAUGUUUGUCCUCUUCACCCGCUACGCAGUCAACUAUGUUUGGGGGAUAGUGAGAAGCUACUUCACCUCCACAAUCUAUGUCUCAUACUAUGACGAAGCACACGACAUGCUAGUUGAUUGGAUAGCUGAUCAACCAUUUGUUCACAAUGCCCAUUCAUUGAUUGCUCGACCUCUGGCUUUUUCUCCUUGGGAUGGAUCAUUUCAUUUUUGGUAUAGGGGGCAUUUGCUCGUACUUCACUGCGAUGUCAAAGAGCGUCGAGAGGAUCUCCGCAUCUCCUCCAUUGGUCUUAAUGCCAACAUCCUGAAAAGUCUGAUCGAAGAGUGCCGAGAAAGGUAUCUCAAGGACACACAGAGAAAGAUCGCUGUCUUUGAACAUCGCGAAGGGGAGUGGAAGAAAGCCAGAUUGAGACCAAACGAUAUUUUAAGAGACGUGGACGAGUUCCUCGACCAAGAUAUGCAAGGCUGGUACGCAGAACGCGGGAUUCCGUACAAACGAGGCUACCUUCUUUACGGCCCCCCUGGGACUGGAAAAUCCAGCUUCAGUCUAUCACUCGCGGGAAAGCAUGAACUGGAUAUUUAUACGCUUCAAUUCGUCGACGCAGGCCAAGAAAGCGAGUCAAAGUCAGCAGUCACUCUCUCCGGGCUUUUGAAUGUGCUUGAUGGUGUUUCGUCUCCAGAGGGCCGGAUACUCAUCAUGACUACCAAUCACAUCGAAUAUCUAGACGAAGCACUGAUUCGGCCUGGCCGUUCAGACAAGAAAGUUCAUUUCAAACUUGCCGGUCGGAACAUUUCCACUCAGCUCUUCCACACGGUUUUCAAGCAGUUGCCGAAUCAAAAGCAACGCAACAAGGAAUAUGGCGACAAGACGAUCGAUGGCCUUGCUGGUGAGUUUGCCAGCAAGGUGCACGAGCAACUCUUCAGCCCGGCAGGAGUUCUAUCAUUUCUUUUGGAGCGGAAGAAGUCGCCCUAUGAUGCUGUUUCCGGUGUGGAGAGCUGGGUGGCUAAAGCGAAGCAUUGA